AUGGACAUGGAAAUCAAGAACCCACGGCGCAUCCUCGCUAUCGGUGCGCCGGGAGCAGGUGUACUUCCACUGCUGAAGGAACUCACAGGUUCCGCCCCCGAGCCGACCUCCGACACCACGGCCGGCCUUACCCACGGAUGGCGUCUCGAGACCAAAUACUACACCGCGAAUCUUCCCAUAUGGAUUGAUGAGCUCAGCAACGUCGCGGAAUGGCGCACCGAAUUCACCAAGCCCGAAGCUCGCGAGGUCGUCACUGCGCUCGGUGCGUGGAUAUACUGCUUCAAGAAGCCAGUCGAAGCAAAGGAUCUGGAAGUGAUCAAAGACACCAUGCAGGCCGUUUCCGAUAUCAUCGAGCGGGCCUGUGGUUAUGGUGGUGACAUGGUUUGUUUGGCUGUCGCGAUGCCGCAAUCCAUCACACCUUACCUUGAGAAGAGCAAUGAGGACUGGGAAGAACUCGCCAUGGACUAUGGUUUCGAAUACGUCGACUCGGAGAAGAAGGGCAAAAACGAGUUUGGCGAGGCGACAGGAAUAGAUAGAGUGCGGGAAGCGCUUGAGGCUGGGGAAUGGGAAAGCAUGGCGGGCCUAGACUUGGGCGAAGAUGACGACGGUUUUGAAGGCAGCUUUGCGGCAGAAGAGGCGGAGAUGAACAUGGAGCUGUUUGGGAUGAAAGGUGCGCUAGCCGGGUUCGACGACGAUGAAGGUCAGGAACCUGGAGACAAAGAGGUCGAAGACCUGGAAGUCAUGAUGCAAAAGAUGGUUGCGAUCAAGGAAAUGGGCGAGGGCAUGGAAGAGGCCGAGCGAAAACGUUUCGCUGCAAAGGCAGUGAACGACCUGCUGAAAGAUUUAUGA